AUGGCUUCUGAGUACUCAGUGGCCGUGUGGGACCGUCUUCCCACAAUCAGCGGUUCCGCGAACCUCGUGACCACCGGCUCCUUUUCUCGUCAGGAGAAAAGCGAACUAGAACAGACGCAGCAUGCAGUCCUGCUCAAACCAGUUCAAAAGCACAUUCAAACGAUUGAGGGCAAGAGAGCUAUGCUCGUGAUGGACACGUGCAUAACCAAGGUUCUGCUGGUUUCGGCGUUACCGCAGAUUGUGGCUAACAUGAAAAACUACGAGGUCCUCCUUGGCCGAAAGGUGACGCUGUCCAUUAGGGAGUACGAACGAGUCGCCCUUGAAUAUGAGGCAGCCGUGAAGGCGUCGGCUGAAGAGUCAAACAUGAAUCGCCAGGAGCUGCAUCUGGCGGCUCCAAAUAAGACGUAA